CAGGAGCUUUGCCUUUCGACUCGUGAGGAUUGACCCAAAAGAAGUCGUACAAUUGCGCCGACGCCAUCAAAAACGUGCUACUGGAUACGUCACGUAUAGGGCCGGCCAAUUUCAUCCACGUCGUGUCGACCUUUGAGAUAUCUCUUUUAAAGGGCGACCUCUGAUCCAUACCACCCCCGAUGGCAAGCUCCGGCGCGGCGCGGCCGGCCGUGAGCCGCGUGCUGCGGCGGUGCCAGCCGUUCUCCUCGGGCACCAGCUGCACUGCUCCGGUGACCACAUGGCGAAACCUGGCGAGGCCGAGCACGGCUGCAGCAGCCGCCGCCCAGGCAACGACACAGCAGCUGCGUCUCCUGUCCAUCUCGAUGCCGCUCCAGAAGCGACGCACCACACGCGACAACAACAAGGUCCGAGGCCAGUCCACCAUCCACCGCAGCGGAAUCAGACGGCCGCUCUCCGUGUCCGACGAGGAGAUCCCUGAGCCGGUGCAGGGCGAGGGCGUGGGCAAGAUGCGCGAGGAGGAUACGGAUCCCAACCAUGGGCUCUGGGGCUUCUUCUACGACAAGCAGCUCAUCCCGACACCCCAGCAGCUUUCGGCUCACGGCCGCUCUUGGACGGUUCAGGAGCUCCGCGGCAAGAGCUGGGAGGACCUGCACGCCCUGUGGUGGACGUGCUGCCGGGAGCGCAACCGCAUCUCUACGGCCAUGAAGACCAGGCAGCAGAUUGGCAUCAAGCCUGACAAUCCUAAUGAUGAGGCGGAUGCUAGGGGCAAAACUGUCAAGCAGACGAUGCGGGCCAUCAAGCACGUCCUGACAGAGAGGUACUACACCUGGGAGGAUGCGCGAAAGCUGGCCAUGGAAGACCCCGAGAUAAACCUGAGCGGGAAAGGCCCAAUCUACACACCGUCUCUCCAUUUUGAGAGCGCAGACACAUCAUCAUACAUUGAAGAACCUGCCGCCGACCAUCUGGAGACGCCAGAGACAUCGGGUCAAGAGAAGGCUGGGGAGUCGUCGCCAGCCGGAGCUGUCGAUCCGUCCACUACCCCCCCGAGCGAAACGGCUAAGCCAGUCACAGAUGCACCGAGAUCAUCCUAGUUCCAUAGGUGACCGUCAAGGAAGUGAGUUUUCGACUCAUGCUGGGCAGUGGCGAGCAUUUAAAGCCAGAUGAGAGAAAGGACAGAUAGCGGUGGACAUCACAAAAACUACACAAUUUGUUGUGCAGUGAGGGGAUUGGUUGACAAAACGUGUCUGGUCGAUCAAGUGUACUACUGUAUUGUACUGUAUAAAGAAACUUUAGAGUUGGUGAUAUAACGGGAU